GUCAUUGGCGCCAAGAUGGCGAUGGAGAUGAGGCUUCCUGUGGCUCGCAAACGUCUUAGUGAGAGCCUGGGCCGCGAGACCAAGAAACAUCUGGUGGUACCGGGGGACACGAUCACCACGGACACGGGCUUCAUGCGUGGCCACGGAACAUAUAUGGGAGAAGAGAAGCUCAUUGCAUCCGUGGCUGGCUCUGUGGAGAGAGUGAACAAGUUGAUCUGUGUGAAAGCUUUGAAAACCAGAUACAAUGGUGAAGUGGGAGACAUCGUGGUGGGGAGGAUCACCGAGGGUCAGCAGAAGAGGUGGAAGGUGGAGACCAACUCCAGGCUGGAUUCAGUCCUGCUUCUCUCAUCCAUGAACCUCCCUGGGGGAGAGCUGAGGAGAAGAUCUGCAGAAGACGAACUGGCGAUGAGAGGUUUCUUGCAGGAAGGAGACCUCAUCAGUGCUGAGGUCCAAGCAGUGUUCUCUGACGGAGCCGUCUCUUUGCACACGAGGAGCCUAAAAUAUGGAAAACUAGGUCAGGGCGUGUUGGUCCAAGUGUCUCCCUCCCUGGUGAAACGGCAGAAGACUCACUUCCACGACUUGCCGUGUGGUGCCUCUGUGAUUCUGGGUAACAACGGCUUCAUCUGGAUCUACCCGACACCUGAGCACAAAGAGGAUGAUGCAGGGGGCUUUGUUGCGAACCUGGAGCCUGUCUCCCUUUCUGACCGCGAGGUGAUAUCCCGACUUCGGAACUGCAUUGUCUCGCUGGUAACUCAGAGGAUGCUGCUGUAUGACACCAGUAUCCUGUACUGCUACGAAGCAUCCCUUCCACACCAGAUCAAAGACAUCUUAAAGCCAGAAAUAAUGGAAGAGAUUGUGAUGGAAACACGCCAGAGGCUGUUAGAGCAGGAGGGAUAGGAGCCGCUCCCGAGGA